UCUUUUGGACUCUGUCGCUUUCCGUUGUUUCAGAAAGCAUCCCAUGGUUGGUGUAGUGUGUUGUACUGCGCAACUGGUUCACAUCAAGAGAUUUUUUUUGCUUAACGUGGACUAUAUUAACGUCUAAAAAUGUCUGGGGGAACUAGUUUGGAGAACGCAAACCCUGUGAUUUUUGAGCGGUCUGGGGAGAGGCUGCUGACCGCGACGGACGAGGAUGAAGACGUCCAUGACCCCAUCGACGACAGAGAAAUAUUCGAUCUGAUCAGAUCCAUCAACGACCCAGAGCAUCCUCUGUCUCUGGAGGAACUCAAUGUCGUGGAGCAAGUCCGAGUCAAGGUUAAUGAUGCAGAGAGCACUGUGGGUAUUGAGUUCACACCCACCAUUCCCCAUUGCAGCAUGGCAACACUCAUUGGUCUGUCAAUCAAAGUAAAGCUGCUACGAUCCCUGCCAGACAGGUUCAAAAUUGAUGUCCACAUCACUCCCGGGUCUCACGCCUCAGAGGAAGCAGUGAACAAACAGCUGGCAGACAAAGAGAGAGUUGCAGCAGCUCUGGAGAACUCCUCGCUGCUGGAGGUGGUCAACCAGUGCCUGACCACCAGGGGCAUCUGAGCAGCCAAUCAGCUUUGCCGUCUUCUUGCUUGCGUCCACUGAGCAGCCAAUCAUGUUUGGCUCUGUCUUUGACAACUGAGAUGUAUCUGCCAAGCUCUCUACCCACCCAUCACCAAUCCAGAUGGGUAUAAGUGCAGAUGAUGGACACUGAUGCAGAAAAACAGUCAGGAUCAUACAGAGUUCAUACAGUCUGUUCAAAGGUUUCCUGGAGAAAAGUACAGGAAAACACAAUUGUUGAAUGUGUUAACCUAAAAAGAGUAAUAGAAACUGUUACUCAUCAAGUACAAUAGUUUGACAAAGUAGAGAAAUUGUACUUCCAUCUGUGAAUGUAGGGGUCAUACGUUUGUAAAAAGUUGAGAAACUCUGCCCAUCAGGUCAUAAAGUAUAAUUCCUGUUUAAUAUUAUUAACUGUGUAUUCUAACAUAUGCAAUGAAUCAAUUUAGAAUAUUUGGACUCAACAUUUGCAGCAACAAGCCCCACCUUUAUACAAUAUUAAUGCUUUUGACUUUUUAUUAAAAAUGUACAGAUCAGAAAUUAAAAUUUAAUGAA